UUUUUUUUUUUUAUAAUCAAAAAAUGAAAAACCACCAAAAUAAACUUGUAUAGUUUACCAUGUCUGUCUUAAAAAAAAAACAUCCUACGUAGUAAUUUACGUAGUAUUUAGGAACCCAACAAGUGAACAAGCUCAUCCAAAUUGCGCGGGAAUAAAUCUUUCACUCCCUCCAUCACUCUUUCUCUCUCCCAUCACAUGUGAAACUCUAGUGUACUCCCGCUUAAAAAACCCCUAAAUUCGAUUGAAAAGCCCUAAUUUCCAGAAACCCUAGCUCAUCAAUUCCAUGGAUAAUCCACCUGAUCAAACCGAUCAACCCCCAAUUUCCAAUGUCGUCGAUCUUCAAUCACCGGAUCCGAAGCUCGUUCGUCGGAAAUUUGUACAAACAACGCUAUUUCCUCUCAAGCCGCACGACACCAAAGUCGAGGAAAUUGCCGCCGACGACGGCGAUGCGGCGGAAGUUGGCGGAAGUCAAGGAGGAAAGAGAAAAAGGGGUAGACCUAAGGGAAGUACUACGCCUCAAAAACGGGGGUCUAAGAAGGUUAAUGAUACUAAGGUUGAGGUGAUUGCCGACGAUGACGACGAGGAGGAAGUUUGUGGGAGUCAAGGAGGGAAGCGAAAAAGAGCACGGAAUACGAAAGGGAAUUCUACGCCAUCGAAACGGGUGUCUAAGAAGGCGGCUGUCAAUGGAAAAGAUGCUUCUGUUGUUGAUCUUGAUGAUACGGAAUCUCCAGAUGAUGCAAGUCCUCAUCAACUAAAAACAAAGCAACGUGCUUCAACAAGAAAUGGAAGAACUAAUGGAAAUAAGGCGACAUCCACUUCAAAGCUAUCAACUCAUCCAAUAGCUACCCUGCAAUCUCCACAGCCUGUUCCUGAUCUGUGGCUGGAGGCUAAGAAGACUGCCGAGGAAAAUUCACGGAUUUUUGCUGGAAAGCAGAUACACCCAUUUUUCUCCUCGUGGAAGGCAGGAAAGAAAGAUUUGGAGACUAUUGAGGCGGAGAAUAAUGGGUACUUUAAUAAAAGGAAGGAGAGAAAUGUUGAGAUCGGUCCUAUUCAUGUUUUUGAUAACGUUAAGGAUGAUUUAGAUUCUAUUGAUUGGAGCAAUUGGACCUUUGAUGAGGGGAUCUUCAGCACCUCUUGUAAUCAAGAAAGGAAAAGAUCUUGCUUCGAAGGCAUUGUUGGUUCCCUAAAUUUUGAUGAUAUUCCGAGAGCUUCAAAUACUUCCAGAACUUCACUGCUUCUUAAGGAUGUUUCUUUGGCCCAUUUCUGUAGUACUGAUGAAGACUUUUCUGUAAUGUUUACGUACACCUCUCCUAUAGUCAUCAAUGAAGACGUGACACCAUGUGACUCGUUGAAGAACUUAGAAAAGAAUUCUGAAGAAACUGAACUUUGUAUCUUUGGUAAGGUCGGCCAGGUCAGCACACAUUUUGAGCAGCAAAAUGUUGUUCCACAGGAAAGAAAUAUGGAAGAUUAUCUCAAUCGUGGUAAUUAUCCAGAGAAUAGCAUGUGGGCAAACAAAUAUCAUCCAGAAAAGGGAUUGGAGGUUUGUGGUAACAGUGAAGCUGUGAAGUUUAUAAAUGACUGGCUUCAUCGUUGGCAUGAAAUGGAUUUUCGUUUCAGCAAAAGUUCUUACUCUGCUGACAAGUGCUUGAUCCAAGAUGGUGAAUAUGAUAGUGAUUCAGAUGCUGAAAAUUUAGAGGCAUCUGGCUUGAAAAACGUUCUUUUGGUGACAGGGCCUGUUGGGAGUGGAAAAUCGGCGGCCAUAUAUGCUUGUGCAAAAGAGCAAGGCUUCCAAGUCAUUGAGGUUAAUGCAUCAGACUGGAGGAAUGGAGCUCUUCUCAAGCAAAAAUUUGGCGAGGCUGUAGGAUCGCAUUUUCUCAAACGGGCCCAGGAAAGUCCUAAGGGUAAGCUCAACUUAAAGACUUCACCUGUAAAAACAAAUGGAGCAGCAGAACAGUAUUUGAACGAUGGUUUAGUUGAAGUAAUAUCUCUCUCAGAAGAGGAAGAUUAUGUGGGUAAUAAUGAAAGUCAAUACCACGGUAAUGGUAAACUUUCUUGUGACAAAGGUGACAUCAAAUCAUUGAUACUUUUUGAAGAUGUGGAUAUUACUUUAUGCGAUGAUCGUGGCUUCAUUUCUACCAUACAACAACUGGCUGAUAUAGGGAAGCGGCCCAUGAUAUUGACCAGUAAUAAUGAAUGCCCGCUGCUGCCAGACAGUUUGGAUAGAGAAGAAGUUUGUUUUACGAUGCCAUCACUAAAGGAGCUGGCGGACCAUAUAUUUCUGGUUUCUUCUGCUGAAAAGGCCAACAUACAACCUAACCUUAUUGAAAGAUGCAUCAAAUUUUGCGGAGGGGACAUUCGUAAGACUUUGAUGAAUCUUCAAUUCUGGUGCCAGAGUAAAGAAUGCGUUAAAGAUGGAAAUAUGCGAAGUAUAUUCAGUCCUCUGAUGUUCAAUCUGGAAGCUGGCCACCGUGUAUUGCCUAAACUGAUUCCUUGGGCAUUACCUUCUUCAUUAUCUGAGUUUGUUGAAGCAGAAGUUGCCAAAUCCUUCUGCAAAAUGGAAGAAAAUCAUAGCUUGUUAGGACUGAUUGAGGAAGAAGAGUCGGGUGAUAUCAGUAUACAGGAUCAAUUGGAUCUUGAUAUAAGUGAAUCAGCAAGCAUUGAGGCAAAGAAAGAAGCAAUUUUAAGCGGAGAUUGCUUUCUACAUGUAGAUAAUGAUAUAAUAGAAGGAAGCAAUACUUGUGAGUUCUUCAAUUCUUCAGGCUCUCCAGUAGCAUUUACUCGCCGCAAUGUCCGCAGAAAAUCUGACACCGUGCUGUCUGAAUCUGAAGAUGAGAUCUGUAAUAAUGAAUAUCUUGCUGUUUCAGACAGUUUGCCUGGUGAUGGUAAUGAUACAUUAUCUCAGAAUUCUCAGUUUUCUGUCCUUCACCUAGCUUUAGAGGGACUUUCAAAUAGUGUUGGUGGACAGUUACUUCAGUCUGGAGCAAAAGAAGUAGAAUUAGCCAGACACCGGUCACCAGACAUGGAACAUGCUAACGACUUCAACUUUUUUGCUGUGGGUAAUUCAUGUAAGCAAUCAACUGACCUUUUGGUACACUCUGCAGAGGAAAAGCAUCAACAUCUGGAAUUUGUCCGUGCAAACUGCAGUAGUAAUGGGGAUAACAAGGACUCUCUGAGCCUGUUGAAUGACCUUCUUGCACAUACUCAAGAUGGAAACUUAGAUACCAACAUGCACCAAUUUCCUGUAGUGGAUUAUGAAAUGUUUUCAAUCAUUGGCAACUCUAAUAAUCAGUCAGCGCAUCAAGUCUUUCAUUUUGGAGAUGCAAAUGGUGUGAAGAUAGAGACAGAAAACGCCGGCAAUCUGUGUUUGGACCCGUUGAGCGACCAGGUACGAACUUGCAAAGAGGGGGAAAACCCAAUAAAGAGAUGCCUGUUUACACCUCCAACGCAUGCUGAUCCCAUCAGUGGUACCAUAGGUAGUACAAGGAAUCAGUCCACUGGCCAACUCAUGCAGUGCAUAGAGAAGGCUAGCAUGGCUGAGCCUCAGCAUUGGCAUCUUGAAAUGGGAACUGUGAAUCUUGAUGGUCCAGUAAUAGCUGAUGUCUCUUUCAAUCCAUCAUUUGACCAUCUGAAUCUGGAAAAAACUCAAAACAGUGAGAAUCAGCAUCCAGAAACAGCAAGUGCCAACCCUUUCAGCUAUACAGCACUGGGCGACUCUUUUAACCCUUCAAAUGACCAGCUAUUUCAUUUCGUAGAAGCUAAAGAGAAGGAAAUUCAGCGCCAACAUCCAGAGACAGUUGAUAGAAGUGACAAUAGUUUUGUAGCUGUGGAUGUUCCCUUGUUGCAAUUAAGUAACCAGUUCUGUGAAAUAGGAAAGGAGAAAGAAAUCCAACAGCAACAUCCACAAGUUCCCACUGUCAAGCAUGCUAGCUGUCUGCAAGUAGGUGAUUCUCUGAAACUAAUGAGUGAACAAAUAUAUAGAGAUGAGGCAAAAGCAAAAAGUGCCCAACAUCUAUUACCUGAUAAGAAGAAUGUGUUUGGUUUCGCAAGCUUUCCUGCUGUAGAUAAUUCUCCAAACCCGUUAGAUGGGCAAACACUAAAUUUGGCAAAAGCAGAGGAGCAUCAUCGCCAAUAUUCAGAUGCUACAAAUUUUAAUCACUUUAAAGAUCAGUGUCAGUCAUUCGACAUGUCCUAUGUACCAGAGUCAACAUUUGUUCCAGAGACUGAAGUUAAUGAUGGAACAGAGUGUCCAUCAGGAACAGAUAUGAUGGAAAUUGUCUCGCCAAUUGCAACUGACGAUGCUGACCCAUCUGUUAUUGGACAUCAAGCUUCUGACUAUAGAUUCUGUGGUAUUGACUUAAAUUUGAAUGCAAGGGAUGAAGAGAUGGGAGAUUCUCAUCGUGAAAAUGAACAUCAUGAGCCCAGCACCUCUGGAUGUCAGGUGAUGGAUGAGUGCAGUCGCAUGGAUUUCUUUAAGAAAUCUAAGAAAUCUAGGAGUUCUGCAUUAAAAGUAAAAAAUCCUGUGCAGGAAAGGUGGAAUGAACUCCGGCAGACAGAUUUGGGGCAGUAUUGUGUCACAGAACAUAAAAAUGCUCUUCAACUUGUGGAGUUGGGUUAUAGAAUGAGCAAUUUAAUUUCAGAGGGUGAUCUUUUACUUCAUGACUAUGAAUUUUUACUCAAUGAUUCAUCAGGUCUUAGUGAGGAAGAUUUUUCCUUUGGUUUGCAUGAUCAGCAAAUUCAGAUGGCAUUUUACAUUGCACAAUAUGGCUAUUUUUUGUAUGCUAAAGAAAUUGAUGCUUUGCAAUCAAAGCUGGGCCUUGCCAACAAUCUGCAUCUAGGUUGGGAGAUGCUCAUAUCAACAACCAAUUCAAUGGCAUUAGGAAAGUUACUAAGUCUAAAUAAGAGGCAAAUUCCAUUGAUUGACACGAGCAUAAAGCAGGCAGCAACAACAGUUGAUAUUUCAUCCACAAGAGAAAGGGAGAUGUGCCUACAGAAUAUUGUUCAGUCAGUAGUUCCAUUGAGAUCUUACUUGACAGUAAGAGGAUCUGUACUCCAUGAUUAUCUAUCUUCGCUGACUCACAUUUCGAGAUCAGAGGCUUCCCGAUCGGCUGAAGCUGCUGAGAAGACAAAGCGAAGGAGAGUACGUGUUGCCAAAAAUUAUUUAAGCUGCGGCGGUCUAGACUUGUCACAAGACGAUAUCUUAAAGCUGAAUGAGUACGAUUUUUGUCGAAGAGAUUCAUCCAAAUCAACACCCGAAACUUAUAGGUAGAAAACAUCAACUAUUUGUAAUUAAGCUGAUCAUUAUAAGAUGGCUGUUGUAGUCUUGUAGAGUUGUAGAUAGAUAAGAUAGCUUAUGUUGAUCCUUCAUUCUUGUCAGCAUAAAGUUCAACGAGCAGGAUUUGUUGUAAAUGCUACAGUAUUUAUGAUUAAAUUAGCUCUUUAAAUUCAAA